CACUCACUCUCCUUGAUGCGACAAAUUCAAUGACAUAUCGAGCAAAAAUAUUCUAUAAAUAAAUUAUUUCUCAACAAAAUCGGCCAAAACCCGUGCAACAGAAGAUGCCCCAUUAGGGUGGAAAAAGAGCCCGAAGAAUCCCUGUGAGGUAGGUGGGAGUGUGCAUGCACCAUCAUCAACCCCUCGGGACCGAUCAGCUGAACCCUUCUUUUGUUUUUGUUGUUGCUGUUUUGUUUUUUUGUGUGUUUUGUUUUCUGGCUGCAGCUUUAGGUAAUGCAUGUCUCGAUCGCCCACAGACCAAAAAGAAAUCAACCAACAACAGGAAACUAACAUGAUGAUGAUAAGAGUGGUCGAGUAUGAUAUGUUGUGUCAUCAGCAUGGUUUUUCUUUUUGUGAACUUUGCUGUAGUGGUUUUAAUGCAACGAUCAUAAGACACUGAUAUUGAAUAUUGUUUGCGCGCAUAAUGCAGUCUUGUGUGGGCCUGGAGGGCCGAAACAUGGGCUCGGUAUGGAAGCGACUGCAGCGGGUCAACAAACGGGCCGCCAAGUUCCAGUUCACCGCCUCAUACCAUCAGCUCAGCGUGGAUUUCACCUCCAAAUGGGAACCCCAUAAACUCUCCCUGGUAUGGACCAGGAGGUCGAGGCGAGUGGCCUCGAGUCCCAUGCCCUGGGAACCCACCCUGCAGAACCCGUAUAGGGGUCUGGUGGUGUGGCCCGUGCCCGAGAACCAUCAGGUGGCCAUCACCUUGUUCAAAGACCCGCGGACCAACGAACUGGAGGACAAAGAUUGGACUUUUAUUAUCGAGGACGUACCAUCUGUGGGCAAACGAAGACAACUGGCCGUAGCCCACUUGAACAUGCGACGUUACGCCAGCGUGGAGUCCUCCCACGCGGAAAUCCAGUUGGCCUUCAAGCCCACCACCAAGAAAAUCACGGGGGCCAAGUUGGAUCUGACUCUGUCCUGUGUUUUCUUACGGGAGGGCAAAGCGACAGACGAAGACAUGCAAUCCAUGGCCUCCCUGAUGUCCGUCAAUAACAACAGCGACGAUAUCGCCCAUCUGGAGGACGUCGAGGACGAGGACUAUUCCCAAAGUGACAGUUUGCUGCUGAUGAAGAGCAGUUUACACGAGGUCACUCAUAACUUGCAGCAGUUGACCAACUCGCUGAGCGCCGCCAGUACUCCUAUGAGCGUUUUUAGUGUCCAAUCGUUGUCCAGAGACGAGAAAACCCCGACAGCGGAAUCGUUCCUGCCCCCACCGCCGAAACCUUCCGAUUUCCGGGAGGAGGAACGGGAUCUGUACUCGGAGGAGUGCACCGAACUCCUGGAGAACCUGGAGGAGUUGGAGGGGGAUCCACCACCCGCGGUGGAGGAUCCACCCAAGCCCCAACUGCCCCCCCUGGAGCUGAACCGGGAGUACAUCGAGGCACCCAAGAACCAACAGAAACUCACCACCCCCGGGCAGGAUUUGCUCGAGUGGUGCAAGGAAAUGACGAAAACGUAUCCGGGGGUUAAAGUUACCAACUUGACCACCAGUUGGCGCAACGGCAUGGCCUUCUGCGCCCUCAUACACCACUUUAAACCGGAUCUAAUAGACUUCGAUGCCUUGUCACCUCACGACAUAAAAUCGAACUGUAAAAAGGCGUUUGACGCUGGCGACAAGCUGGGGAUCCCCCGGGUGAUCGAGCCCACCGAUAUGCACAUGCUAGCAGUACCGGACAAGUUGGCGGUGAUGACGUACCUGCACCAGUUGCGAGCCCACUUCACCGGCCAACAGAUGGCGGUGCAACAGAUCGGCAGGACAGCGGACGAGAGCAAUUACGUCAUCGGUCAGUUUAAUACCGACAAGGACACCGAUAUCACUAAGCAGGUGUUCGGGCAGGAGAUUAUCAAUUUGAGGAAAGCGCGGGAGCAGAGCAGGAAAUCCGCAGAACGCGAACCACCGACCCAACUGGCGCCAAUCAGUCAGCAGGAGCAACAACGGAAGGGGCUCAACUUGCCAUUGAAAUUCACCACCGAGCCCCAACCGGUGGUCGAGAGCGCGCCCCCCUGCGACCCCCCGGAACCCAAAAAACCGAUUUUGAUGACCAGGAGAGAACUGACGGACCCGUUUGGGUCAGACGAAGAAGAAGAAGAGGAGCAACAGAAAGAGAAGGAGGAAGUGGACAAGGUGCAACCCCCUCCCCAGCAGGACGUUUUCGCCGAUCUUCCCAAGCCGAAUCCGCAAAUCUUGAUGCGUCACUCGGAGCAACGGGAACGUGCCCGCGAGCUGCUGGAAAAGGGGGGCAAGAGGGACGGGACGGGAAGCCCCGCGUCGCCGAUCAAAGCGGAAGAGGAACGUCAAAGUCAGCUUCGAGAGCGAGCGAGACGACUGUUGGCGGAGGCGCGUCAAGGCUCCGCCCCCGCCGUCACCGAAAUCAUCCGGAUCAGUCCGACGGGGGGCGGGGGCGAGGAGAGGCCCGGAAACGGGUUCAAUCCGGACCGGAUCACUCCGGACAAGUUACCGGACGAUUUGGGCCUGAAGGAGAUGGGGAUCGAUGUUCAUUCCUGGAUCGAUCGGGAACUGGAGGAUCUGGAGCGAGAACAAAAGGCGAUCGACGAGCAGGCGGCCAUUUUGGAAAAGAAACUCCGGGUGGCCAUGGAGUCCGGGAACAGUAACGGGGAGGAGGAGGCUCUGAUGUCGCGCUGGUUCACUUUCGUUAAUAAGAAGAACGCGUUGCUCAGGAGACAGAUGCAGUUGAAUAUUUUGGAAAAAGAGGCAGAUUACGAGACAAGGUACAAACUCCUCAACGAGGAGCUGCGCCAGAUCGCCUCCAUCGAGGACUGGAAGAAGACGGAGGAGCAGAGGAACCGGGAACAGGCCCUCCUGGACGAACUGGUCCAGAUCGUAAACAAAAGAGAUGAACUGGUCCACCACCUGGACAGUCAAGAGAAAGCGAUCGAGGACGACGAGAUCAUCGAGCACGACGUGUCCCACCUGGAAAUCCCCGGCAAAGAGGACAGCAACUGCGUCAUUUCCUAACCCACCCCCCCUUUCUCCCUCCCAGUGUAACAAAUUAUUUAUUAAUUUAUUUUUAAAUGUGCAAUCGUCUUCCCUAUCCCCCUAGGCACGUCCCUGGAGCUUUAUAUGUGUAAAUGUUAUUUUAUUUUUUAGUGUAAAUAAAUUGUAUAUGUAAUAUAUUGAUAAAAUAAAUUAAUAAACAUGAUAAA